AGAUCCUCCUUCCGUAAUUUUUUUUUUAUAUCUUGAAGUUUACUUCUGUCAACAGUUCUAUCAUAAAAUGACAAAGACUGACCGUUCCAUAUAUAUUAGAAUUCUAUUUGGACUGACCAGUUUUUCUAUAUUUUGUUACGAUGCAACAAUGAUUUUAUUUUAAUAUGACGCAAACAGCUCCUAUACCCCCACAAGCACAGUCGUUCGUAGAUAUCAUAAAGGAGCCAGUCUCCGUGGUUCCUGAACCCCAGGUGUCAACAUCGACUACUCCAGCAUUACUCGAAGAAUUAUCAUCAGUAGACCGCUUGUUCAUAACCAAGCGCCUUCGUGUGAAGAGUGUCCUCUUCCUCCGAGGCAAGAAGAACAGGUUCUACGUCAGAACACCGGAUCAAAACUUGGUGUAUAGCGUGGAAGAAGAUAAUAGCUGGUGGGUGGGCUACUUCUGCUACGGCCUGCGACCGCUCCAGCUGCGCGUGACUGAUAGCCGAGGGUCCGAAGUGAUGCGAAUACACCGACCGUAUGCCUGCACCGCCAGGGUUCUGCCGUGCCAGCUGCAGCGCCUGGAGGUGUUCGCACCGCCUGGACAGAGGAUCGGGACGAUUGAGCAACAAUGGACUGUUGUUAAACCGCUGUACCUCGUCAGGAAUGAAGAGGGAGAGGUCGUGUUUUGGAUAAAAGGACCGUACGUGACCAUCAGUUGCUUCAAGGACGUGAAGUUCUCGAUCUGUCGGAGCGACGGCUCGCCCGUCGGUGGCACCUGCAAGCGCUGGCAGGGACUCACGCACGCGCUCUUCCUCUCGCCAGUUACUGACAGGUUCGGCGUAGCAUUUGAAAGAGACCUCAGUGUGCAAGAAAAGGCUUUGUUACUAGCAGCCACUCUUCUAAUGGAUUAUAUGUACUAUGACGCUUAAUAAAUUGUUUGGAACAAAA